CCGCCAAAUAUAGACGCCCUCGCCAUACCCCCCUCUCCGUUCUAUGUAUAUGCUCUCAGGACCUUCUCUUUGCGUCUAAUUCGUCUCCUUUGUGUUUCUUUGGGCUUGCCGCCAACCUCCAACCGCGACUCCGUGCUCGGCUCCGUCUCACGGAAACCUCGACUUCAACCACAGUUUCACCCACGCCGCAGCCAUGUCCACGAACCCCUCGCAGCUCUUCCUCUUAGCGGACCACAUCAAGCUCUCCCUCCUCGAACGCCAACGAGCCAUCUCGUUGAACCUCUCCCCAAACUCGCAAGAUGGCCAGAUCUCCCGCUCCCUCGACUCGUUGCGCUCGGGGAUUGAGGCCAUAGAAACACAGCUCGAAGCCACACCAGACGACUCCCUCUCCGCCGACCUCCCCCGCCUCCGCACCCAACUCACCGACCUCACCACCUCCUUCGCCUCCAACGACGCCGUUACCUCCCCCACAAUCACCCACCCGAACAACCCCUCUCUCAGCGCCGACUUCACCGCCUCGCAAUCCCGCCCCUCGAAAUCCGUCCGCUUCACCGACGACCCGUCCGCCGCUACCCAGCACUCCACCGACGUUGACCCCGCCCGCGCCGCGCUCUUCCCCUACCGCGACGACCCGGAUGCGGCCGCCGGGCCGGACCAGGGCGAAAUGGACAACCAGCAGAUCCACGCGUACCACAGUCAGGUGCUGAAUGAGCAGGACGAGCAGCUGGAUCGACUGGGACAGAGCAUUGGGCGGCAGCGGGAGUUGAGUAUGCAUAUUGGGGAUGAGUUGGAUGGGCAGGCGUUGCUGUUGGACGAGGUGGAUGAGGGGGUGGAUAGGCACGCGGGCCAGUUUCGGCGAGCGCGGGGGCGGUUGGAGAGGGUGUCGAGGAAGGCGAGGGAGAAUUGGAGCUUGACGGUGAUCGUGGUGUUAAUCAUCAUACUGGUCUUGCUGAUUGUUAUUUUGAAGUGAAAAGGAGGGGAGGGCAAGGGAGGCGUUAUGGUUGGAAGUCAAGGAGUUUACGGAGCAUUUCACGGCGGUUAUGUAUCUGGCGCGCUUUUCUGCCAGAGGUUUGAAGCCACUCGGGCGUGCAUAUCGCAGGACCUAUCCCUUUAUCUCUCUAACCCAUUCCAUACCCCACGUCCAUCUUCCCCUCAAUCUCAACGACAGCACCAGGCCACGAGUUUGGGCACACGGAUAUACCACUGCUGGAGAGUCUGAUUGAUACUGAUUGGGGUGCCCCAUGGGGCUUUCAAACAGCUAGGGGCGAUGCGGAGUUUCGUGCUGUGGGGAUUGAGUAGCUUCUUGACUGACAUGCUUCCUGGUAGUGGGGCUGCUCCUGGCAGUGGUGGCUAGGUUCCAAAAGCGACUCAUACCCUAUCACUAGCCUCUACCUCACCUCCAACCCACCUCUCCAUCUCCAAACCCCCCACACACUCCCC